CCUCAUUCAACCUAAGAUUUAAAACAGUUUGUCUUCCAUCCAAAAAAAAAAACUGUCUCUCACCCAUGACCACCAUGAUCUUAACUGCUUAUCAGUUCCCAGAUUCAUCCCAUCCAUGUUCUAACAUACAUAUUAAAAGAUAUUACAACUUCCAAUACUUAGACGCUAUAAAUACACCCAAGAAAUCUUUCGUCUCAAGUAUUGUUGGUUCCGGCUACGCGAUGGAGUUGGCUUUGACGGCGAGAAGGUUCUCUGAUUUGUAGGCAAAACAGUUGGGCCUGUUUUCGAGUUUUUCAUUUUGCAACAUAUGAAGGUGUUAAGGAACUUGCUUGGGGUUUGUUUCUUUUUCUUACUCUCGGUUUUUAAUUCACGUGUGUUAGAUAAUUCAAUAUUUCCUUUGCAUGUUUCAAUUUUCAAGUGGUUUGAUGAAUUUUCUGUACAAAUUAUUUGAAUCAAUUCCAGGCACAUGAUGAAGGGAAUCUUACAUGGCUGAGUUGUUGGAACGAUGGGAAAAGACACAAAGGCGAGAGGGAAGGGUAAGGGAAAGCAGGCUGCAAGUGGAAGUGAUGAGAAUGCUUCUAAGGGAAAAGGAGAAUGUGGGAAAGCUGCAGAUGGGCUUGGUACUUGUACCUAUGUCAAAGGCAUGUCUUAUGUGAGAAACAAGGUAAGAUUAAUGAAGCCUACAAGAAGUUGCAGGAUGGUUGGCUUAGCAACGGAGAUAAGGUUCCUCCGAAAGAAUUUGCAAAGGCUGCUUGUAAAUCUUUUCCUGAUGAUCAAGAGGCCCCCAAAGCUAUUAAUCUUUUGUAUGAUUCAACUUUGGUUUGGAGUGGAUUAAGGCCUGAUAAUCCAGCACAACUUGGAGGGAAGAUAUACGAGAUGAUGGAUAAAUGGUCAUCUUGAACUUAGUUUGAGUCAAGUAAAUGGUCAUGUUGAACUUAGUUUGGUCUAUAAACAGUAGAAGCUGAAGUGGUCGAGCCAACUGAAGCUGGCAUUCAAGAUUUCACUUCUUUCUCUUUCUUCAAAGUUAUAUAUUUGAACAACAAUAUUGUUUGUGUUUUAUAGAUAUGUUUAGUAACUUUCAAUGUAAUGCCAAUCUCGUGUAAUUCACAAGGUAUUGGCUUGCUUGACAUUAGUUAAGCUUAUUCAUUGUCGCUAUUAUUUUAAAUCUAUGCAGUUCUUUUAUUUUAAUGAAAGGUAUAAUUUAUAAUUUGAUGACUGAGUUUGGUAGCAUUAUGUGGGAAGAUAAUUAUUGCCAUGAAAUGGAGCAAUUCUCUUGAUCCAUCCAUGCCACAAGACUGUCAAGACAGAAAAAACUCUUGAAUUGUUAUUUCAGCAGGGGCCUUUUUAUAGCCAGCAAUGAUAUAAUAAUAUUUAACCAAAUAUAGUCAUACAUAUUUUUUUUUUACAAUUGUAAUGUAUAUUCAAAUAUUAUUUAUUAUGUCAGUCAAUUGUUUUGCUAUAAAAUCUGUAUUUCAAUUGCAUGUUUGGUUAAUUUUCCUAUUAAAGUAUUUUUUUUUAGUCAUAUCUUGAAAAUCUUGGUUGUAAGAGACAAUUUGUUAAUUAGACACUAGCCAAUAUAGUUGACAACGCAUGUGAAUUGAAUCUUUAGUAUAUGUUUGGAUUAUCAUUACGCUUGACAAAAUCACGUCAAAAGCUCUCAUUAAUUAUUAUUUUCAAGUAUUUGGCUAGAACUACUAAUUUGCAAAGUAUGGCUAGAACAGUUGCAAAGUUCUACUAAUAAGUACACAUCCAAUUAAACUUUAGGAUAUUGUAGUGUCCUGUAUUAAAUAAUAGAAAUACAGUCCACAAAUAAUUUACU